AUGGAAAUAUAUAAAUUGUUUUCAAAUUAUAUAAAUAUACUUUGGUUAACACUAAAUAUAAGUGUUGUUCAUUCAUCAUUUCGUUUAUACAAUACAAUUUUUGAACAAAAUAUUAAUCUUGAUCAUGAUUGUAUUCAUUUCCAUCAUUCAUGGUCAAAACCAGAUGACGCACUACACCAACCUGACUAUUUUCUUCAUUCACGAACGACUGUGUUAGUAUCUUAUUGUCGUCGUCCAUCAAUGGAUGAAAGAAAACAGCCGGAAACUACAUCAAAAGAAGGCGUUAAAGGAAUUCCUUUUUCUACGUUUGAAGAAUUACAAGAGCAUAAUAUAACAGCAUCUCAAUUAUUUCUUUGGCAAGCACCGAUCGAUCUUAUUGAACAAUAUAUAAUCUUUCAAUCAGAAAAUCAAACGAAUCUUAGCAAAAUGAUCUUUUUUAAUUGUUCUGCUGUGUUACCGAUUCGAUUUGGUAAGAAAUGUGAAUAUGAAUCACAAGUAAAAUCAUUUACUGAAUAUCUCAAGGAUCGUUUUGAAGCCCGUAAAAGAAUUUCGGUCACAGAUAAAAUAACAGGUUUUACAUGUUAUACUAGCUUACCUGAAUGUAAACGAUUUUAUAAAAAUGAUCUUCUUUGUCUUGAUCACCGUGAAAUUUGUGACGGUAAAUUCGAUUGUAUUAAUGGUGAUGAUGAAAAGGAUUGUUGGCAAUUAGAUAUUAGUGAAUGCAAACAAGAUGAAUUUCGAUGUCGUAAUGGUCUUUGUAUUCCAAAAAGUUUUGCAUUUGAUUUUGAUUAUGAUUGUUUUGAUAGAAGCGAUGAAAAAUAUUCACGGUACGAACUCGAGUUUGAUAGAUGCUCAGAUAAUUGGUGGAGUGAAUGCGAUGUACGACGUUGUAAUACAGGUUCAUUAGAUUUUUCAUGUGGUGAUGGUAUAUGUAGUAAAGUAUCAUAUGCAGGUACAAAAUUUCCUGUAGGGCAUAUUAUGACCGUUUGUACAUCAUAUCGAGAUCAUAUUCAUUCAAACAGUGUUUAUAAUUUCUCAACACUUUGUGCACAAUAUGUUGCUUGUAUGCUAGAAGUUCAACCAUAUGAUGUUUAUGGAAAUCGUGUUGAUUGUAAAUUUAUAUGUCCUAAACGUAAUUGUGCACAUAAUAUUUCUAUAGUAUGCCCAAAACCAUAUUUUAUUUUUCCUUCUGGUCCUGUAUUAAUCGAUAUCGUAUACUUUCGAUACCACACUAAUCGUAGCGCUCUUCAUUGGCGAUAUAAGAUACAUCCCGAAGAUAUCUGUUACGAUCAACGUGCUUGUCGAUUACCACCACUUGUGUAA